AUUCUCCUCAAGUUGCCAUAGCAGCCUCUCUCCCGAUGAGCAGCUCCUCCUGGAGCCCUCAGCCGGGAGGGACGUCAUUGUUCGCUCCUGCCCAUGCACGGAGGAGACUGACUGGACAGAGAACUUUCUGGGGCCCAGGGUCCACACACCAAGUGGGUGCUCCCAGGAGCACAGGGCCGGACGCCUCCGGCUGCCUCCAGUGGGGCACGGGAACAGGUCCUCACAGCCCGAGGGGGUCCUCUGGGUGACUGGGGGAAAGCAUCCAGGCCUUGGAGCAGCCGCAGCCAAGCGUGUCCUUGGAGCCAUCCGUCCAUCGCCUGCCGGCCUGUCGCCACUGGAGACCGUGCCCUGAUGGAUGCAUGGUGUGGACGAUGAGGGAAGAACGCACCUCCCACACCGGAGAGGUGACCCUGGAGCAAGCCCCGGAUGACCGCACGAGCCGGAACCAUGCGGCUGGCCUGCAUGUUCUCAUCCAUCCUGCUGUUCGGAGCCGCAGGCCUCCUCCUCUUCAUCAGCCUGCAGGACCCCACGGAGCUCGCCCCUCGGCAGCUGCCAGGAAUAAAGUUCAGCAUCAGGCCACAGCAGCCCUACAACGACGUCCCACCAGGCAGUUCCCAGGAUGGUGAUUCGAAGGCACCGACGGAGAAGGUCCCCGGAGACUUGUCCAGCCGGGCCCCAAGGGACUUCCACCUGCCGGUGCCAGACCAGCCUCGAGCCCACCUAAACACGGGGGCCCGGCCCCGGCCCCGGCCCCGGCCCCGGCAGCGCCGCCGGCGGUUACUUAUCAAGAAAAUGCCCCCUGCGGCAGCCGUCCCGGCCAACGGCUCAGUGGGCGCAUUUGCGCGGCCGGCACGCUGGGCCCCCGACGGCCACUGGGUCACCAUGCACCGCAGCCAGCAGGAGCGCAAGCGGGUGAUGCGGGAGGCAUGUGCCAAGUAUAGGGCCAGCAGCAGCCGCCGGGCGGUCACCCCCCGCCACGUGUCCCGCAUCUUCGUGGAGGACCGCCACCGCGUGCUGUACUGCGAGGUGCCCAAGGCGGGCUGCUCCAACUGGAAGAGGGUGCUCAUGGUGCUGGCGGGGCUGGCCUCGUCCACCGCCGACAUCCCGCACAACACUGUCCACUACGGCGGCGCCCUCAAGCGGCUGGACACCUUUGAUCGCCAGGGCAUCCUUCACCGCCUCAGCACCUACACCAAGAUGCUCUUCGUCCGCGAGCCCUUCGAGAGGCUGGUCUCCGCCUUCCGCGACAAGUUCGAGCACCCCAAUAGCUACUACCACCCCGUGUUCGGCAAGGCCAUCCUGGCCCGUUACCGGGCCAACGCGUCCCGGGAGGCACUGCGGACGGGCUCUGGCGUGCGCUUCCCCGAGUUCGUCCAGUACUUGCUGGACGUGCACCGGCCCGUGGGCAUGGACAUCCACUGGGACCACGUCAGCCGGCUGUGCAGCCCCUGUCUCAUCGACUAUGACUUCGUGGGCAAGUUCGAGAGCAUGGAGGACGACGCCAACUUUUUCCUGAGCCUCAUCCGGGCGCCGCGGAACCUGACCUUCCCCCGGUUCAAAGACCGGCACUCGCAGGAGGCCCGGACCACGGCGCAGAUCGCCCGCCAGUACUUCACCCAGCUCUCGGCCCUGCAGCGGCAGCGCACCUACGACUUCUACUACAUGGACUACCUGGUUUUCAACUACUCCAAGCCCUUUGCGGACCUGUACUGACGCGCAGGGCCGGCUGGCCACGGGCAGCCCCGCCCCACGCGCCCGCGCGCGCUCCCGCACCUGUCCGCUCUCGGGAGACCGGAGCAGCCGCGACUGCUCGGUGCCGCUAGCAGUACGUGGGGGACAGAGACCCCGGCCUUGGAGGGGAGCCUCUGGCCCCUGUCCCAUCCCCGCUUCCUCACUCCUCUGCUGAGGAAGACGCCCGGGGUUUGAGCAGGACCCCAGGAGUCCCAGCUGCAAACAGCCAGCUCAGCAGAGUCAGGAUGGCGGGGGAAGCCUGAGGCCCGGAAGACGAGGGCCCCAGCGGUGAGGGACUUCCUGCGGUCCCUUAGCCAUUGCCUUGUACCAAACCACAUGGUUUGCAGCUUUUCUAUGAGCCGGGGGGAGGUUCCCUCGGAAAGAGAUUCCAAAUAAAGCACAUGGUU